ACGUAUGAGAGAGGACCGUACGGGGCCCAGACUGACUCUGGACUGCUAACCCAAAACACUUUGGACUAAAUUGUAGUUUUUAAGUCUUUAAUUAUUGAAGGCGGAAUUUCACUACUUCCGCUUUCAUUCUGAAUGCGGGUGUGUGUUCCUGCAGCUGCUUGCGCCCCACCCUCUGUUGUUGUUGUUUUUAUUAUUAUUACCAACAGUCGCGUGUUGUGGCUCGUGCUGCUUUCACCCCCUGUGAUUUCGGUGCCGCCGCCCGACAGUUGGCUCGCAGCGCGUAUGCAGCAGAAUGGCUCGAGCGGUUCCAACGGUUCUGGCGACUGCGGCGGCGGGAGGGACCGCCAGGCUCUGUCCUUCAGCCCGCUGCCCGCCGCCACUACACGGGUGAGGCGGUUCAUUCAGGAGAGACGGACGCUGCCGCUACCCAGAGUGAUGGUGGUAUUCUCGGCCGCGGGUGACACCGAGAAACCGGGCGAUGCCAUGUCCAGCUCGGACUCCACUGCGGAGGACGAGUUCCGAAAGCCGGCCUCCCCAGCGCCGAGCUUCGCCCUCAGCAAGCCGCUGCGCUCCUCGCUCAACACACCGGAGCUGGAGUUUCCGGAGGUCAUCUCUCUGAACGUUGGGGGCACAUACUUCACCACUCGCCUGUCCACGCUGCGACGAUACGAGGACACCAUGUUGGCCGCCAUGUUCAGCGGGCGUCACUACAUCCCACGUGAUUCUGAGGGGCGUUACUUCAUCGAUCGGGAUGGAACAUAUUUUGGGGACAUCUUGAACUUCCUCAGAGAAGGUGAGCUACCUCACAGGGACCGGGUGCGAGCGGUGCACAGAGAGGCUCAGUACUACGCGCUUGGCCCGCUGCUGGACAGCCUGGAGGACACUCAGCCGCUCACAGGGGAGAAAGUUCGGCAAGCUUUCCUCGAUCUGAUGCCCUACUACAGAGACAAUCUGGAGCGUAUUGUGGAGAUUGCCAAAAAGAGGGCGAUUCAGAAGAAGGCCCGGUUUGCCAAAUUGAAGAUCUGCGUCUACAAGGAGGAGAUGCCCAUCACGCCGUACGAGCGUCCUCUUUUUAACUCUCUGCGUUUUGAGCGCUCGGACAGCGAGGCCAAGCUCUUCGAGCAUCACUGCGAGGUGGACGUUUCUUUUGGACCCUGGGAGGCGGUGGCGGACGUUUACGACCUGCUGCACUGCAUCGUCAGCGACCUGGCCGAGCUCGGCAUCACCGCCGAGCAGCAGUGCAUCGGCGUCUGCGACAAGCACCUUAUCAACCACUACUACUGCAAGAGGCCCAUCUACGAGUUCAAGAUCACAUGGUGGUGAAGCUGGAGGGAGACAGUCGGGGCCGAUGGGACCAAAAAGCAAAAAGGAUGGAUGUUCCAUCUUUACUAUGACUCGGCCGAUAUUGGUUUUUGUAUUGAAGGCGCCAAUAUUUUGUGCUGACAUCUUAAAAUGUGACCUUUAAUCAUGA